AUGUCGGCUUCAGCCGCCAUUGCGCCUCUUCAUGUUUUAUCAGAUUCGAGAAUCGAAGGUUCUCAGAUGGACAAGGCGCGGUCGCAGUGCCUUCAACUUUGCAGCGACGUGACCGUUGCAUACGACAGUAUUGCGGAGAAAAUGUCGGAUUACACCACUUUGGCCACUCAUUUACCUCGCGGGUUCAUUUCGCUCGCCAAUGAGGUACUAGGUGCCUGUAGUGAGCUCUCCUCCAUUUAUACUGGCCUCUCCGACGCUUCGUCGCCGAGCCAGAUCCUGCCUGGUGACGUUACUGCGGUCGUCGAGAAGAAGUUGCGAGGCGCUCAAGGACACAUGAAGGCCCUCGACCAAGCGGUGACCAAGCUCCUUGACCACGAACGCAAUGGUGGCGUAAGUCGCCUGCGUCGCAAGUUCGGUAAAAUGUUCCCAAGCGACCACGUCGAGAAGUUGAGGCUGGAGGCGACCAAGAUGCGCGAAGACCUUAAGGUUGGCUCUCUCCUGUUGCAGUGGAAGCUGGGCUCGACCUGCAUAGAAAGGGAACCCGGCAUAGGCUGUGUUAGUCUCGCCGCCGCCAUACAAACCGUCACUGGCCAGCCACCGAAGGGUCGCGGACACGUUGCAAGCUCGGGAGUCGAUGGCUCGGCGUACCGCGCAGUAGCUGUUGUUCCAGAGGAGCAACGUGGCGUUCUCCAUCAUCGCCAGACCCCUUUGACAAACCUUCCUUCCAGCACCGUCGACACAGACAAAGGUUCUUCGGCUGGCCACAGCUUUCUCAACGGCCAUAGCGGUACCACUUUUGCGAGCAACGACAACGGCUCCGCGGCGAGGUUUACGAUGGACUCGACCGGAAGCUCGAACGAUGGACGCGACCGAUAUAAUGAGAAGCUACGAACGACCAUGGAAUUGGAUAAGUCAGACGAAACAAUUGAGUAUGCAAUCGAUUCUUUGGUUGGCGAUAUCAAAUCCCUCGAGCUUGACAGUGCCAAAGUCGUGCACAUGGACAGCGUACCUUCGGCUAUGCCUCACAGUCAGCCGCGGACUAUGGCAGAUCGUGACAAGCCCAACAUCGGCGCGCUCCUCGUCUCAGCUAUACGUGCCGGCGAUUACAGGGCUUUGUAUCAGCUUCUCGACCGGGGAGCUUCGCCUGACACUGGCGCUGAGAUACAUGCUCUUAACGAGGCCAUAGCUAGCCAGGAUAGUGAGAGCGCCCGCCUGCUUCUUUUGUACGGUGCCAGCCCCAACGCAUUAGACAUUGAGGGCCAAAGUCCGUUGGCGAUUGCCGCAGGUAAAUCCAGUCUUAGGAUUACCAUUGCUUUGCUCAAGUACGGGGCCAAUCCAGACGCCGUGACAAGAGGAACUCACUCGCCAUUGGCCAUUGCCGUCUCGUCUGGUAACUUGCGGGUUACUCAUGCUCUUCUCAUGUACGGCGCAAAUCCAAAUCAGAUGACACUUAGCGGCAACACUCUUCUGAUUGAGUCGAUUGGCGGGAGAUCAUCAAAAAUGCUCACUGACUUGCUGCUCAACUACGGGGCGGCCCCCAACGAGAAGAGCCGCGAGGGAAAGACGGCGCUGUUUGAGGCCAUUACUAAUGGGAGAGCCGAUAUUUUGGACAGCUUGAUUCAGCACGGGGCGGAUCCGAACUUACCUGGCCCAAAGCACAUGCUGUGGCCAGCGAUACACCAUCCAGAGUGCUUGCGAAUCUUGCUAGCCAAGGCCGCCGACCACAAGAAGGCGCCUGGCAUAAUGGAGUUGGCCACGAGCAUCAACAGUGUCGAGUCGAUUGGUAUUCUUCUCAAGGCGGGAGUGGACCCCAAUGCGAAGAAAGACGGCGUUUACACGCCGCUGUGCACCGCAAUCCGCGAUAACCGCGCCGACAUCCUCGAGCUGCUGCUCCGCAACGGAGCGGACCCUAACAUCCCAGCGAGCGAGUAUCCAGCGUUCAAAUGCAUCACGCACCAUCGCGAGCACUUUUUGCCGGCGCUCGUUAAAGCAGGCGUCAAACUCGAUAAGCCCAAGGGCAUUGCCGAGACUGCGGUGGCGAUGAAGAAUACCAAAGUCCUCGACUGGCUGUUGAAAAGCGGCGUCGACCCCAACGACAGGUGCUCCACGGGCCGCACGCCACUUACAACAGCCAUUCGAGAGAACAAUAUUGAGAUGGUUGACAUGCUACUGGCGCACGGCGCGAAUCCGAAUAUUCGCGGCCAAGACUGGCCAGUGUGCAUGGCCGUGCGGCACCCGCCAGUUCUUGAACGAAUCUUGUCUGCACUUCAGGAACCGCGCGCCUUCAAGGGCGUAAUGGAAAUGGCUGUCGAGGCCAAUCAGCUUUCGUCAGUCAAGCUGCUGCGUGCCGCCGGCGUGUCGGUAGAGGACCGCAACGGCGGCGUCUUUUCUCCGCUUACGACGGCAAUCCGCGAGCGCCGCACUGAAAUCGUCGCCUACCUCAUCGGCGAGGGCGGCGCUGAUGUCAAUGCACCAGGCGAGCACUUGCCCCUCGUCAAAGCCCUGCGACGUUGCCAUACCGAACACACUGAAAUUAUCGACAUGCUGCUUGAGAAGGGCGCUGAUCCCAACAAGAUGUACCGCGGGUGGAACGGCAUCAUGCAGGCCCUAGAAAAUGGUGACCUGGAUAUGCUCAAAAAGCUGGCCACGAAGACUGGUGUCGACAUCGAGGUUCGGGACGAGCUCGGCCGCACUGUCACAGAGAUAGCGCUGUCGCGUAGGUGGGAGGAAGCCGUGAACAUCCUGCUGUCGAGCGGGCCUGGGGAACACCGUGAGUGA